UUCUACUGUUUUUAGCAAUAUUUUUCUGCGCUUUUCAGAGGUCUGGUGGCUAUGGCGGCUUCCUCCUUAUUCUCAGCAGCUGUAAGAAGGCUUGAAGGGAAGGUUGCGAUCAUCACCGGCGGUGCCAGCGGUAUUGGUGAGUGCACCGCAAGAAUCUUCACCAGGCAUGGAGCAAAAGUGGUGAUCGCCGACAUCCAAGACGAUUUAGCCAAAUCCGUCUGCAACGAUAUCGGCCCUGAAUCUGCUUCCUUUGUCCACUGCGACGUGACCAAGGAAGGGGACGUUAAAAAUGUGGUCGAUACCACUGUGUCUAAGUUCGGAAAGCUUGAUAUUAUGUUCAAUAACGCUGGUAUUCUUGGUGGUGAUGCGAAACCCGACAUUCUGGAUAACGACAUCUCCGAGUUCGAACAGGUCUUCAGGGUGAACGUCGCGGGAGUUUUCCUAGGGACAAAACACGCGGCACGCAUGAUGAAACCGGCUCGUCGCGGCAGCAUAAUCAAUACCGCCAGCAUCUGCUCAGUUACAGGCGGCGUUGCCUCUCACGCCUACACCAGCUCAAAGCACGGCGUGUUGGGGCUGACCAGGAAUGCUGCGGUGGAGCUGGGACAGUAUGGGAUCAGGGUGAACUGUGUGUCACCGUACCUGGUACCAACUCCGUUGGCUAAGAACUUCUUCAAGAUGGAUGAUGAAGAGUGCCUUAACGUGUAUAAGAAUCUGAAGGGGGCAAAUCUGGAGCCGGUGGAUGUGGCAGCCUCGGCGCUUUUCUUGGCGAGCGAUGAGUCUAAGUACGUGAGUGGGCACAGUUUGAUCAUUGAUGGGGGCUUUACCAUCACCAAUUGUGGUUUCUCCAUUUUUGGUCAAGAUGAGAUGAAUGAGUGAUUUAUUUUGCGGCAAAAGGUGCAGAUCACCCCCUAAACUCAACAACUGGUGGCAAAUCACCCCCUCAACUCACUUGCAGUGGCAAAUCAACCCCUCUCUUAACGUUUCUGUUAACAUUUAACAGUUUGCACAUCAGCCCUUCCUCUGGGUCUGACGUGGCCUUGUUUUUGCUGAGAUAGAUGCUGAGAUGGAGGUGCCACCUAGACAAAUACCCCAG